UCCCCCUCCUCCCUCUCCCUCUAUACCAAGGGAGGGAUGCUAGUGUCUGUGGCACUGUGGCACUGUGGGGGCGACAAGAGAUCCUUAUAGAGUGACAAACAAGGAUAUUAGGGUGUUUUGAGGGUGGCUCGGUGCGGCAGCAACAUGGCUCACGGAUAAAACGGAAUGGCGCUCCUCCUCUACGCCGGCCUGGCACUGUGGGCGGUGCCAGCCCAGGCACACAGCAACUACCGCGAUUUCCACCACGACCCGGCUUUCUAUCUCAACCGGGAUAACUUCACAACUCCACAAGUCUAUUGGGGCCAGCAGGGAGCAGGCGCUGGGGAGCUGACCGACCACCUGGCCCUCGAGAUCGACGCCGAGGAGGGCCGCGCGAGGGAGCUUGCGUCCAAGUAUGGCCUCCACUACAUCUCGAAGGUGUUCGAGAAUCCCUCCGUGUACCAUUUCCACAGACCUUCCGGGCGACAAAAGCGGUCCCUGAGGAACUCUGCUCUUCUCGGCGCCCUCGCGAGGGAACCCGGGGUGCGGUGGGUGGACCAACAGAAGUCGCUCAUAAGAGUGAAGAGACGCGCGCCCUUUGGCCUCACUUACCGCACCAAAGCACACACUCAACGAAGCCUCGCCGAAGUGCUGAGGAGACGCCAAGAGGAGAGAGGCCGUGACGAGUCCAAUCUUCUGCCGAAAGAGAGGGAUUUUUGGGUUCAAGAGGAUGAAGAUGUUGUGGAUAGAUCCCGUGUGGGAGCGAGGAUAUCCAUGCGACUGCCGGGGAGUUUUGUAAGACCGUAUCGAGGUGGAUAUGGUGGGAAGAGAAUGUCCUUUGGGAAGCGUGGAUAUUUAAGGGAUGUUGGAGAUUUGGAUUCACAGCCCGAUUGGGCGAUGGGGAGCGAGGAGGGCGGUGCAUGGACCCAAACCAUGAAUGGAUUGGAUGAUCUGGCUGGCACGGGCUUGGAUUUCAAUGACCCUCGCUUCAAGGACCAGUGGUAUUUGCACAACACAGGCCAGCUGGGUCGUGCCGGCUACGACCUGAACGUGGUCGGGGCGUGGCGUCGCGGAUACACCGGUCGUGGCGUCGUGCUCUCCGUUCUCGACGACGGCAUCCAGGCGGAGAACGCAGACAUCGCCGAUAAUUACGCGAAGGACAUCAGCUUCUCCGUGGUCCGCGACGGCCAGGACCCUCGCGACGCCAGCCCGCGCCUGGACCCCGGCUUCUCCAACUCCCACGGCACUUACUGCGCCGCCGCCAUCGCCGCCGUGUCCAACAACCAGGUGUGCGGCGUCGGGGUGGCCUACGACGCCAAAGUGGGAGGCGUUCGCUUGGUCGACGGCUCAGUCACGGACAUCCAGGAGGCGACGGCGCUGUCCCGCAACGUGGAGGCUGUGGGCGUGUUCAGCGCCUCGUGGGGGCCCACCGACGACGGCACCAAGGCCGAGGGCCCGGGCAGGUUCGGCAGGCAGGCCUUCCGCCGCGGGAUUUUGGAGGGUCGAGGCGGCAAGGGCGUGAUCUACGUGUGGGCGUCGGGGAACGGAGGGUUGGAAGGCGACAACUGUAACCUGGACGGCUACGUCUCCUCCAUCUUCACCCUGGCGGUGUCUGCCCUCACGGACGCGGGCGCCUCGGUCUUCUACGGGGAGCCCUGCGCCUCGACGCUCGCGGGCGUGUUCGUGGGCGGCGAGCACACCCUGGAGGCGGCGCUGGAGAAGAGGGAAAGGCAUCAGCAGGAUAUCCAUUUGGUCGUCCCCGAGUUGGACGGUCACUGCAGUAGCUCCUUCCAAGGCUCCUCGGCCGCCGCGCCCCUCAUGGCAGGCGUGGUCGCCCUCGUGCUUCAAGCUAAUCCUUCCCUGACAUGGCGCGACGUGCAGCACUUGGUCGUCCGGACAGCGCGACCCACACGAGAAGCAGCUACGGAGGCCGGCUGGCAGACCAAUGGCCUUGGGAGGCAGUUCCACCUGAUGCAGGGCUACGGAGCAGUCGACGCAGGCAAAUUAGUCGAAAGUGCUCUGAGCUGGGAAAAUGUGGGGCCGCAGAAAAUCAGGUCGAUAAAGAUGUUCGACGGUUACAGGCCUAUUCCUCCCAACGACUGGCUAAACAUUACGGGGAAACUUGAGUCAACGAAUUCUAUGGUGGCGGUCGAGCAUGUGGUGGCCAACAUAACACUCUCGCAUAAGCAGAGAGGGAUGCUGAGGAUCUACAUCGUGUCGCCAUCAGGCACCGCGUCCCAGGUCCUGACUCACCGACGCCGAGACAAAAGCACUUCCGGAUUCACUCGCUGGGGCUUCAUGUCAGUUCACUUCUGGGGCGAAAAUCCCGAAGGACGCUGGGCCGUGGCGAUCAAGGACGACUCGGGACUCAAAGGAAGUCUCAGAAAAGUGGACUUUGUGGUCUUUGGGGCGUGACAGGAGGCGGAGGGGGCGGAGGGUUGAGAUCCUGCGAGAAGUCGUUUGGCCAAUGGGUUUUCGGGGUUUUCGGGGCUUUUGGGGCGUGUCAAGUCAUUUGGGUUUUGUUGUUGUUGUUUUCUUUUCCCAUUUUCUUUCUUGUUUUUCUUGCUGUUCUUCUUCUCCUUCUUUCAUUCUUCUUUGUCGUCUUUUUCUUCUUUUUAUUUUCUUACUCUUUUCUCUUUUUCUUCCUUUUCUUUCCUUCUACUUCUUCAUUUUUUCUUGUUCGUAUGUGUUUGUAUCAAUUCAGGAUAAUUAUAAAGUAAACUUGACACUUGUCGUUCAUUGCAAUCUUAUUUGUAUUCAAUACUAUUUUGUUAUGUGACACUGUAUACUUGAUACACAUAUAUUUGAUAUUCAUGAGUGAUUUUCAGAUUUUAUUUUGGCAAUUUUCUAUGUGUAGUACAAAAAAUAGCUAGGAGAUAUUCGGCUACAUUAGAUGUUCUAUUUAAGAAAAUUAAUUAUUCAUCUCGUAUUCAUACAAAUAAUUUGAUCCAAUUUAAAUUAAUUUUUGUUUUUUCUAUCGUCUUCAUAGUCAUGUUAGUGAUUUUAUACAUAAGAUACUUGCAAGUAGCAUUUAAAGAUGCUACUUGCAAGUAUCUUAUGUAUAAAAUGAUAAUUAUCUAAUGGCUAACACACACACACACACACAAACAAACAGACAUAAUAAACACACACAGAAACAUAUUCAUAAAUAUGUGUGUGGGCGUGGGUUUGCUGUAAUAUGAUCGUCAUGACGUUUAGAUGUGAUUUCCUGAUAAAUAAAAAUGGCCAAAGCAAAAAGAA